GAUGCUUAUCACAUGGCAAAUAGUUUGCGCAAGAAGUUGAAAGAUAAAUGUCGUUACAAAAAGUAUUCAGCCCUUGCUCCAUGGGUGCAAUCAAUAUGUAAUCAUCUUUUUUGGUGUGCGGCUUCAUGUAUGGGAGAUGCUGACCUACUUGUUGCCCGAUGGGAAUCCCUGCGCUACCACAUUGUCAAUAUUCAUCAGUGGGGUGGGCCAGGAUUGGUAACAUCAUGUUGUCAUGAUGUUCUUACAGAAGAUCAAGUUGCAAGGAAGAAGUGGCUGACUCUGGACUCUCCUGCCCAUCGAGUUCUAGAAGAAAUCAUGAUGAACCGGAAAUUUCUGGAGGACAUCAGAAGACUAAGCAAAUUUUUGCACACAGGUCGUUUAGAGGUAUACCACUCCCUCCUCAACAAGUAUUGCCCCAAGAGACAGGACUUCGAUAAGAAACAGAUGACAGGAAGAACCCAGCUGGCUGUCCUCGAUCAUAACAAGCAUACCAUUGUUGAUACACAAGCUUUGUCAUCUUCUCUUGAGGAAAGCUCUUCUGAUGCUGUAACGUUCAUCAAUCCAGAUGGAGUUAGAGUUGUUUACAGUAAGCAUUGUAGUGACUGGGUAAUCAAACCAAUUUCAGAGCUCAAGAGUUAUCCCUACCUCAAAGACAUGAUAAUGGAAGUUCUGAAGCGUCACAAAAAUCAAGAAAAGGGAGAAGUGAAGGCUGAAGCAAAGGCGCGUAACAUUGCGAAGAAACCAAAGCCAAGUAAAGAAAUACUUUUGAAGAGACACAUAUCAAGAUUGAGUAAAUGCUAAACUAUGCUGAAUAUUGUUGAAGUUGUUGAGUGAUAUUGUACUCAGGUGUGAUGAGUAUGGAAAGACAUUUGUUGAAUGUUCGUUCAUCUGAUAUUAUUGUACUCA